CGGAGCGCAGCGCCUCGCCGGGGCCGCAAGGAGGGGCGUGUUGUCGUCGGCCCACAGCGAACCACCCCGAGCCCGCGCUGAGGCGCCUUCCGCUUCCCUCCAUUUCCCCGGAAUCUCAGCCCGGCGCGCCAGGAUCUCGGCCCUUUUCUGGGUGGGGAAGCUCCGGGCCGCUUUCCGGCUUCACUCCUUUAUCGCAGCCUGGGCUCCCAGCCCACUUUCUCCCUUUUCCUGGACUGGGUCCCACCCCUCUCGGUCCCCUUCCUGUAGCCCCGGCUCCCUACCCCUUCCGUUAGCCCAGAGUCCCAGCGUACCAGCUCCUCAGUCACUUUCCUCAGCCAAGAUUCCCAGUCUUCCCUCUUCCUUUCCCUUGCCUGGGAUCUAACCUUCCCUGUCCCUUCCUCUGCUUCAGGGCUCAGGCCCCUGCCCCCCUUUUCCAAGCCUGGGGCUCCAGACCUUUUGGUCUCCUCCAGUAGUCCUUCCUGGGUCCUUGUCCCUUCUUCCCAGUUUGGAGUCUCAAAUCCUAGUUUCAAAACUUGGGGUUUUGAAAACCCCUUGGCUUCCCCUUUCCCUCAAAGGACUGCUUCCACGAAAAUACCUCCUUAAAACAUGAACUUUUCUUAGACUACCCCAUACUCUUCCCAUCUGCUGACCCCUUGCUACCUAUGUCCCAGGUCUUACUCCCCCUUUGCUAAAGGUUGAGGCCUUCUGGGUGGAGGGAGCAGGAUGAUGCCUCUGUGGUCAGGCAUCUGUGGCCUCUCUCCGCCACGGAUCUUCCCUUCGUUGCUCGUGGUGGUAGCCUUGGUGGGGCUGCUACCUGUUCUCAGAAGCCAUGGCCUCCAGCCCAGCCCUACUGCCAGCACCAUCCGGGGCUCAGAGCCACCACGGGAACGCUCGAUUGGGGAUGUCACCACUGCCCCACCAGGGGUCAUCCCAGAAAGCCGCCCUGUUAACCAUUCUGUCACUGAAAACCACAUAAAGCCACGAAAGCCCUUUCCAGUCCUUGGCAUCGACUACCUACAUGUGCGCACACCCUUCGAGAUUGCGCUCUGGAUUCUGCUGGCCUGCCUCAUGAAGAUAGGUUUCCAUGUGAUCCCCACUAUCUCCAGCAUCGUCCCCGAGAGCUGCCUGCUGAUCGUGGUGGGGCUGCUGGUGGGGGGCCUGAUCAAGGGCGUGGGUGAGAAGCCCCCCCUCCUGCAGUCUGACAUCUUCUUCCUCUUCCUGCUGCCGCCCAUCAUCCUGGAUGCGGGCUACUUCCUACCCCUGCGGCAGUUCACGGAGAACCUGGGCACCAUCCUGAUCUUCGCCGUGGUGGGCACGCUGUGGAAUGCCUUCUUCCUGGGCGGCCUUAUGUACGCCGUGUGUCUGGUGGGCGGCGAGCAGAUCAACAAUAUCGGCCUGCUGGACAACCUGCUCUUUGGCAGCAUCAUCUCUGCCGUGGACCCCGUGGCCGUGCUUGCCGUCUUUGAGGAGAUCCACAUCAACGAGCUGCUACAUAUUCUCGUCUUUGGGGAGUCCCUGCUCAAUGACGCCGUCACUGUGGUCCUGUACCACCUCUUUGAGGAGUUUGCCAACUAUGACCAUGUGGGCAUCGUGGACAUCAUCCUCGGCUUCCUCAGCUUCUUCGUGGUGGCCCUAGGCGGGGUGUUUGUAGGCGUGGUCUAUGGGAUCAUUGCAGCCUUUACCUCCCGAUUCACCUCCCACAUCCGUGUCAUCGAGCCGCUCUUCGUCUUCCUCUACAGCUACAUGGCCUACCUGUCAGCCGAGCUCUUCCACCUGUCGGGCAUCAUGGCACUCAUUGCCUCGGGAGUUGUGAUGCGCCCCUAUGUGGAAGCCAACAUCUCCCACAAGUCCCACACGACCAUCAAGUACUUUCUGAAGAUGUGGAGCAGCGUCAGUGAGACCCUCAUCUUCAUCUUCCUUGGUGUCUCCACUGUGGCUGGCUCCCACCACUGGAACUGGACCUUCGUCAUCAGCACCCUGCUCUUCUGCCUCAUCGCCCGAGUGCUGGGUGUGCUGGGCCUGACCUGGUUCAUCAACAAGUUCCGCAUAGUGAAGCUGACCCCUAAGGACCAGUUCAUCAUCGCCUACGGGGGCCUGCGAGGGGCCAUCGCCUUCUCCCUGGGCUACCUCCUAGACAAGAAGCACUUCCCUAUGUGUGACCUGUUCCUCACUGCCAUCAUCACCGUCAUCUUCUUCACCGUCUUUGUGCAGGGCAUGACCAUUCGACCCCUGGUAGACCUGUUGGCUGUGAAGAAAAAGCAAGAAACAAAGCGCUCUAUCAAUGAGGAGAUCCACGCACAGUUCCUGGACCACCUUCUGACAGGCAUCGAGGACAUCUGUGGCCACUACGGCCACCACCACUGGAAAGACAAGCUCAACCGGUUUAAUAAGAAGUAUGUGAAGAAGUGUCUGAUAGCCGGCGAGCGCUCCAAGGAGCCCCAGCUCAUCGCCUUCUACCACAAGAUGGAGAUGAAGCAGGCUAUCGAGCUGGUGGAAAGCGGGGGAAUGGGCAAAAUCCCCUCCGCUGUCUCUACCGUCUCCAUGCAGAACAUCCACCCCAAGGCCCUGCCUGCUGAGCGCGUCCUGCCAGCACUGUCUAAGGACAAGGAGGAGGAGAUUCGCAAAAUCCUGAGGAACAACUUGCAGAAGACCAGGCAGCGGCUGCGGUCCUACAACAGACACACGCUGGUGGCAGAUCCCUACGAGGAGGCCUGGAACCAGAUGCUGCUCCGGAGACAAAAGGCCCGGCAACUGGAGCAGAAGAUCAAUAACUACUUGACGGUGCCAGCCCACAAGCUGGACUCGCCCACCAUGUCUCGGGCCCGCAUCGGCUCAGACCCGCUGGCCUAUGAGCCAAAGGCAGAUCUGCCUGUUAUCACUAUCGACCCAGCCUCCCCACAGUCGCCCGAGUCUGUGGACCUGGUGAACGAGGAGCUAAAGGGCAAGGUGAUGGGGCUGAGCCGGGAUCCUGCGAGGGUGGCCGAGGAUGAUGAGGAGGAUGACGGGGGCAUUGUGAUGCGGACCAAGGAGCCCUCAUCCCCAGGCACUGAUGAUGUCUUCACCCCUGGGCAGAGUGACAGUCCCAGUUCCCAGAGAAUACAGCGCUGCCUCAGUGACCCAGGCCCCCACCCUGAGCCUGGGGAGGGAGAGCCCUUCAUCCCCAAGAGGCAAUAACACUGGGGCUGGUGGGCAGUGCCCGUACCACCACAGACUCUCCCACCAGAGCAGGGGCUGCUGGGGGAGCUGGGGGGCUCCCCUCGCCUGACCUGACCUAGGCUGGCCCUGUCCCACCCCCACCGCAUGGCAGCUGGGCCCACAGCCCCCGCCGCAGCACGGCUUCCCCCAGCCUUCUGGGAAGCAGCCUCCCACCCCCAGAACUGCCUUCCCAAUCCAUUUGGCAG